CACGGUAUUGCCUGUUUGCUACGCCAGCUUGUUGAGCUAGCUUUGCUAGGUCAACUUGUAGGCAAAGAGGAACAGCAUUUUAUUCUAGCUAACAUUACCUCUUGUUUUUGCAAAUAUUGUACAAAACUAGUAGCUAGGUAAGCUAUGUCUCUGUUGAGAGGGUUGCUGAAGGCUUGCCACUCCACACAACCAGACAGUUAAGCACUGGUAUGAGCUGUCCAGUCCAUAUGAAUGCCAUUCCUGAGCUGAAAAGGUGGACUGAGAAGAGGAGCAUGUUUGGGGUUUAUGACAACAUAGGAAUUUUGGGUGACUUCAAAGCCCACCCUAAGGACCUGAUCGUCUGGCCGGUCUGUGUGAAGGGUUUCCGUGGCAACGAGCUGCAGUGUCUGACGAGGAAGAAGAUUGUGGGGAACAGGAUGAUGACACAGGACAAACACGACAUGGAGAAGAGGAUCCGCUUCCUCUAUCGACACUUCAACCGCUUUGGGAAACAUCGCUGAUCUGAUCUGGGACUGAGCGGUCUGGCUAACAAUGCUAAACGACUACUGUACUAACAACCUGCCCACUGGACCACAUUCAGAUUCUAAAGAGAGAAAUGUGAGCUACUCAGUUAUGCCACUUAGAUUUAUAUCAGCCCCUUAUACCAUUUGGUAGUCACCUUUUCUUAUAUCCAUAUUGGGGUAAGAGGAAGCUGAUUGCAAUUUGUUUUUUUUAAACUUUUGACAGCUGGAAAAUGUUGGAUUAAUUUAGUAUUGUUGUGAGCACUAAAUCAACACUCAACUGUAAAAUACAUAUUUUGAACCAUUAUGAACUCCUAGAAGUGGAAAUAUACACAAAUGUUUGAUGCUCUAUGGUCUGUAAAUGUUAUCACAUUGGGGACUAAUGUAAGUAAUGUUGUGGGUACAAUAAUAAACAGAAGCUUGUCAUUACAUUUGAGUGAUUUUAUUG